GUGUGUGUGGUGUGUGUGUGUGUGUGUGUGUUUUCUUUCUCCUUUCCAUUCCUUUUUUUUUAAAAACCAAAGCUGGAUGUGUAGUUCGUCACAUGUUUCCUCUCUUCAGUCUGAGCACUCAGCAGACAUGUGUUAUUUAUUGCUCGGCAGCGAGAGAAGACGCACAGAUUGGAACUGACAAUAARAAAAAAAAAAAAAAAAAGAGAGGAAGAAGAAGAAGUCGUUUCAUCUUCGGCGGCUCCAGGAAAGGAAGCGACUGGUCGCGACGCACGCAGGAGAAUGGCGAGUCCGCCAAACACGGGCGGYCAGUCGCUGUUCGGAGCCGCUGUCGGCGUGAAGAAAUGCGGAUAUCUGAAGAAGCAGAAACACGGACACAAGCGCUUUUUUGUUUUAAAGGAGCCCGGCGAGGGGCUCCCCGCCCGGCUGGAGUACUACGAGAGCGAGAAGAAAUGGAGAAACAAAUCAGCCGCGAAGAGAGUUAUUUCUCUGGACAGYUGCCUCAAUAUCAGCAAGAGAGCGGACGCCAAACACAAGUAUCUCAUCGCGCUUUACACCAAGGAUGAGUAUUUCGCCGUGGUGGCCGAGAACGAACCGGAACAGGACAGCUGGUACCGGGCGCUGACGGAUUUAAUGGCAGAGGGGAAAGUCUAUGACGGCUCGGCGUCCAACUCGGCGUCCUCGCUGGUUGGCUUCGACGAGGCGAGCUACGGUGUAAUAACGCCGGUGGCCGCCGCCUACAAGGAGGUCUGGCAGGUAAACCUGAAGUCCAGAGGCCUCGGACAGAGCCGAAACCUGACCGGAGUCUACAGGCUGUGCCUCUCCAGCCGGACUAUCAGCUUCGUCAAGCUCAACUCUGAGGUGGCCUCGGUCAUUUUACAGCUGAUGAACAUCCGGAGGUGCGGCCACUCCGACAACUUCUUCUUCAUCGAGGUGGGUCGGUCCGCCGCCACCGGCCCCGGGGAGYUGUGGAUGCAGGCGGACGACUCUGUGGUGGCUCAGAAUAUCCACGAAACUAUCUUGGAGGCCAUGAAGGCGAUGAAGGAGCUGUCGGAGUUCCGACCGCGCAGCAAGAGCCAGUCCUCCAGCACCAACCCCAUCUCGGUGCCCACGCGGAGGCACCUGAACAACCUCCCCCCGAGCCAGACGGGGCUGCCCCGCCGCUCUCGCACAGACAGCACGGCUGCCACCUCUCCUGUGAGCAAAUGUUCAUCCUGUCGGAUACGCACGGCCAGCGAAGGCGACGGCACCAUGACGCGCCCAUUGUCGGUGACAGGGAGCCCCCUUAGCCCGGGGGUCCACAGGACCCUGCUGAGCAGAUCCCACACCAUUACAUCACGCCCCACUCUGACGUUUGAAGCCUCCACGCUCCAGCACAGUAAGUCAAUGUCCAUGCCUCUGUCUCAUUCACCGCCUGUGGCCACCACUUGCCCGAAAAAUGUUUCCUCCUGCCUGGACAGUAGUGCCCCCCGCCCUUCCAGCUGCAGCGCAUCCUUCUCAGGAUCCCCCAGUGAUGCGGGCUUUAUAUCAUGUGAGGAGUAUGGCUCCAGCCCUGCAGAUGCACGGGACCUCAGGUUACCCCUCACCCUCCGCAGCAACACUCCCGAAUCUCUCAAAGCAGAUACCCCACCCUCUAGGGACGGCAGUGAGCUUGAUGGCUACAUGGUGAUGGAGCGGCAAAGCCAGAAUGGGAACCGACGGUUGGCAGAGCUGGACAAGGCCUAUCGAAAACGAACGUACUCUCUUACGACCCCACGCCAACAGAGGCGUCCUCCACAGGUCUCCUCAGCCUCUCUGGAUGAAUACACUCUAAUGAGAGCCACGUACACAGGUGGAAGUCAGUCCUCUCUGAGAUGCCACACUGCAUCACCGAAAGUAAAUGGGCUUGAAGAUUACAGGGAUGUUACUACCAGCUCCAACAGUCUCCAUGGCGACAGUGGCUACAUGCCAAUGAUGCCUGGAGUKGGGCCUCAGACGCCAGCAUCCAAGGAUGACCCCUACAUGCCUAUGAGCCCGAUGUGUGUUUCUGCUCCAAAACAGAUCAUCAACCCACGUUCACACCCCUCUACUGGGUCGGCCCUACGCACAGACUCCCCUGGAAGUGUUUCUCUGGAGGACAGUGGUUAUAUGCCUAUGUGGUGUGGAAACAAGAUGUCAGUGGAAAGCACUGAUGGAAAGCCCAACAACGGAGAGUACCUGUACAUGUCUCCUGUUGACACCAUUGUCUCUGUUACGCCCCCCGACUACAUUCUCAGUCCUUCAGGAGAUCCACACCUCCAGCACAGACAGCCUUAUUCUUACAGCUCUCUACCAAGAUCACUUAAAGGACAGCUACAGCGCAACGGAUCCGCAGACACAGACCAGUACGUGGUAAUGAGUUUACAGAGACAGCGGAUAGAAGAGGAGUCCAAUUACUGCCCAGUCUCACCUGGAGAAACUUUGUCCAGCAGCUCUCCAGGAACACCAGAUACUCCGUCCUCUGUUCCAUCUCCUCUCAGACUGACUCGCAUCGAUGGGGGCUUGGUACAUCGCAACAGGGUUUGUCGACCCACCCGCCUGGCUCUGGAAUCCCUCAGAACACUACCGUGUAUGAAUGAACAUCCCCUCCCUUCAGAGCCACGCAGCCCAGGAGAGUACAUCAACAUAGAUUUUGGUAGUGCCUCCCACAUCCCACUGACAUCCAUGAUGUCUGAAAACUCUGAGGCUGAGGGUAUAAACGGGGGAACACUGUCACUGUCAGACUAUGCUAACGUUGACAUCAGCUCCCCAGUUCACCUUGAAUCACCCCAAGUGGGGGGUUCUCCCUCAGCAGGGUUUCAAAACCACACAUCAGAACUGUUGAUGUGCCCUAGUCUUGCGAAAAGCCAGCAGGAUGCACAAAGUGUUGAGGAGCAAAACAGAAUGGAGGAACAGAUGAAGGAGAGGGGGAUGAAACAGCAAGGGAACUCUGUGUGUCAGCCUGCUCCAAUCAAAGAUGACUACGCCGAGAUGACUUUUGGCCCCCCAGUACCUGUACUCUGCACCCCUGAUGUGGCUCCUCUCCCUACCAGCCCUACUGCUUGUGUCAAGAGACUCAGCCUUGAGAGCAGCUUAGUGGAAAUAGUUCCCCCUGUGCCAUUAGACUCUUAUCUCCUGGGUGGUCCUUCGUUAUCGUUUGUGGAUCCAAACAGGGGGGCUAAAGUUAUCCGGGCUGACCCUCAGGGCCGAAGGCGUCACAGCUCGGAGACCUUCUCUUCCACCACCACUGUCACACCUGUGUGUCCGUCAUUCGCUCACGACACCAAACGACACAGCUCGGCCUCGGUGGAGAAUGUGUCCCGCUCUGUUCGCAGCUCGGAGGGGCCGAGCGAAGACCACAUCGGCCUCAUGUGCAGGGAGACGUCAGCUGGUUAUCAAAAUGGACUUAACUACAUUGCCUUAAACUUGAUGGAGGGAAACUUUGGGGGCUGCAGGUUAGGGGGGUGUGAUGAACUGCUGAGGUUCAAGACAGCCUGCGGCUGCAAAGGGGGCCUGAAUGGUUUCAACACCAGCCCGUAUGCCAGCCUGGGAUUUAAGGAGACUACUACUGCUGCUGUGAAAGAAUGAAGACUGAUGGGCUCCUCCCUCCUCCCUCCUCCUCCUCCUUCCCUUCGUCCUCCUUUUUUCUUGUGAUAGUAAAAUUUCAUUGCAGCCAGAUGACGAGGUCACCACUGCGACAGCUGAACCCCGCGCCGAAGUUGACGUCUCUUCACCUCGCCGCUGCUUCCCAGGGUCACGGAGGACACCCGUCGCCAUAGAAACUCAGACACUUGACCCUUGCUCCAAAUCCCCCCCCCCUCCCCAUUUUCCCCUUGACACCCAAACAUUCAGGUGUCGUUGCUGCUGUAGUGCUUAGAUGAAAACACAAGAACUUAAAACAGAUUCUAACUUAAGAUGAAUCUCUGUACAUAAGCCUUUAAAUACGUCUGCAGUAUAAUAUUUUAUUAAUGAGUUUUAAUGUGUUAUUUUUGUUUUGUUUUUAAUGACCAUUUCCACACUUUUAACUGGUUCCCUUUUGGCUCCAGCCAGUAGUUACCAGAUAUUCUCACCAGAGAUCCUGUGAACCAAACCUGGAGAGCAUAUGUAUGCGCGGAAAAACAACAACAACCUUUCAUGAAUACUGAUGACGUGUAUUUAUUUAUUUAUCCUGUACGUAUCCAUCAAAUGAAAAGUGUGUGGAGAAAUUUGUAUACAAGAUAGUACUGCAAAAAGAGACAGCAUUUAAGAACGUAUUCAAAAAUCACAAUUAACCUUUGCUUAAAAAAAAAAAAAGAAAACCCUACCUCAGCACCACGUCACACAGUUAAAAUAUAUAUGAAUAUUUAUUUUCAGGGGUGAAUGUUAAAGACAACAUGAAAAAAGAAAAAAAAUAGACCAUCAAUCAAAGCCUUACUCAAGUCGUCAGCCUUCAUCUUUGUUUAGACCUUUUAAAUACAGUUUCAAAGAUUUAUCGGAUCAACUAAUGACUGAAUGUUUCAUCAGAGACAGCCUCGGAGAUUAACUUCCUUCUCUUGUCUCAUGGAUGACAAGAUUAUAUAUUAAAAGUCCAGAGUAAUAUAUUUAUUUAUGCGCAUGUUAAGGAUUCAUACACUCUUAAAUGAUACCAAGAGGACCUUAGUUUAUAGCAUCACAAAUGCAACGUUCCCAAAUCCUUAGAGAUCUUUGACCUGCCGGGGCACAAGUCUCAAUCCACUGUUCGCCUCGCCUGUGACAUCCUGCACGCAGCCUGCAGGAASGGAUCACCUGCAGGACUUAGAACAGGAAACAAAAUGAAUGUUGUUUUACAGAGUAACUGGAUUUUUUUUUUCUCACCCGAUGCCUCAUCGCGAAGCUCUGCCACCAAUGUGACAUGUGCAGGACUUGCUGUAAAGCCGCUCCAUCAUAGCUCGAACCCAUGGCCUCCGCUGCGCGCUCUUGCAUUAUUUUUUUUGUUUGUUUUAUGUAAAUUUUUCUUACAAACUUUUUCAGAUUGUAACACGAAGACAUGUUGAAUGUAGUUUUGCGCCGUGUUUUAAGCUUGGGGAACAAUACAAACUGCAACAACAAGAAAAUAUCCAGAGGUACUAAAUGGGAACUACAAACACAGACGAAGCUUCAAAACAAACAUAAACAAAAAACAAGGGAGGAUCUUAUUUAUCUGAAUUCGUGUCCAGAUAUUUCGAAGUGGGUUUUAAGGAAAUGUGGAAUAUUAACAUCUUACAUGUUGUAGAUAGCUCGUUAAACUAUUAUAAACUAUUAUUCUGACCAGAUUGACAAGCUAAUGACUAGUCUGUGUGGAGUUAAGAGUAAAGUUGUUUAUUUUAUUGCUUGAAUUUGUUCAGAUUUGCGGCUCGUCAGCCUAAUCAGAAUUUACCUUAAUUUCUCCAACCGGCCUCAACUGCUAUCUAUGACAGACACGAUAUUUAUAAACUUUCCGCAAAACCUCACUUCAAAAUAUAUGAACUAUCCCUUUUUUUAACCUUUGCUUAUAUACUGAUAUACUGUAAAUAGUGCAGAGCUACAGAGAAUACAUCUGAGCAAAUGCUGAGAGGUGUUAAGUUAAAUACCAUGUUUUUACUGUACAUAGUUGAGUGUUUGAGUGAACUUUCUAAAACAACAAAAGCACUAAUUAUCGGCUAACCAGUUAAGGUUGGGUUUUGAUUUUUAUUAACUGUCUUGCUAAAAGGAUGCCACUAUAAGGAUAUUUUUUAAUGCUGUAAUUUUGAAAAAAUUAUUAUUGAAAGAAAUCAUUAAUACUUGACACAAUUAUUUCUUGAUACUUAGGUACAACACAAAUGGCAUCUAUGCAAUAUUUACACCUUUGAAAAUUAGUUUACAAAGUGGUACCAAAUGUAGAAAAAACAUGUUAAUAAUGUUUGAUAAAUCUGAGAAUCAGAUGUUUGCUGUUUGUAUAUUUUCUUUCUUUUUUCUUCCAAUUUAGAAAUUUUUUUCUUUUUUUUCCUCGCUUUUUGCUAAUUAAACCUCCUGGUGUUUUUGAGCAGUUUGUUUUUUGAAUUUGGAUGAUGUUUUGAGUUUUUAUUUUGCAUCUAAAGGUUACAAUUUUGGGCUAUGGCUUACCUUGCUGUGUCUUUUUCAUUGUAAAUAUUUCAUAUCAUGCACAUUGUUAUGCUACUAAGAAAGGAUAAUUUAAACUUAGCUUAUUGCUUUAGAUUGUAUUGACUCUUUAUAGAUACAUGCAAUAAAAUAAUAUUUAAGGAAAACUA